AUGCCUCAGGACCCUGCCGCCGCUCUCAGCGCCUUGUUGCAGCAGUCCUCUAUCGAAGACCACGAAGAAGUCCUCAAGGCCGCCAAUGCCGCACUCAAGGCAAACAAGACCGAUACCGACAGCCAACAUACCCGAAUUAUCGCCCUGUUGAAGCUUGAUCGCUUCGAAGAUGCUCUGCGCGCCAUUGCCGACGGUACCCCCACUCUUCUCUCACGAAUUGCCCUCGAACAUACAUAUGCGCUCUACAAGACAGGAAAGCUCGAUGAGGCCACCUUAGUCCUCAAGGCCGCAGGUCUAGAGAACAAAAGAAAUCUGCAGCACGUCGCCGCACAAGUUGCCUAUCGCGCUGAGCGAUUUGACGAGGCAUGCAACAUCUACAGUCGCCUCCUUGAUACCGACCCUGCCGACGAGGAGAACGAUAUCAGCAUUAACCUUCGAGCCACACUUGCCCAGUCUAGCUGGCUCGGGUAUUCUGUCACUGAAAAGGUUGCGGUUCAAGACUCUGAUGGGUUCGAACUGUGCUACAACGCGGCCUGCGCGCACAUUGCCAAUGGGUCCCUCGAAACUGCUGCCGAUCUGCUGCAGCGGGCCAGCAGACUGUGCGAUGCCUCUGACGACCUCAUGGAAGAAGACAAGCAAGCCGAGAUGCGACCCAUUCUCGCACAACAGGCCUAUGUCUUUGCCAAGCUGGGCAAGCUGAAGGAGGCCCUCGAUCUCUACAACUCAUUAUCCAGCACCAAGGAGGAAGAUCCUGACCUGGCACUCAUACUUGGCAACAACCUGGUAACUCUAGAGCCCAAGUCCGAGAACCCCUAUCUUGUUGAGCGAAGGUUUUCCACUCUGACAGCCAGGGAAAGACAUGCAAAGCUCUUCCAUCACCAGUCUGAAAUCCUGCAACGAAACAGGCUGGUUGUCGACCUGAAAGUUCUAAAACGUGAUGGAGUCAAGCGACGUACAGGUGCUAUUAUUGCCCAAACACCGCAACCCACGACCUCUGCUAGCCUCGGCAUUGUAUCUGUUCUUAACGCUGCCGCGAGCUCGCAAGGCGCUACGGGGAAGCAGCUUCUGAAGAAUCUCCGGGGUCUGGCUCAAAAGAGACCACACGAUAUUGGUCUUGCCCUGACCAUUGUACAAAUGCAGCUUAAGGAAGGUGGCAUCGGUUCGGCUUUAUCAAUUCUUGAGUCUUUCCUUCAGCGACUCGAAGAGGCCGGAAACGUAGAAGCACUCAACGCCCGGUUUAGCCCCGGUCUAGUUGCCCUGACUGUGACUCUUCUGCGGGCACAGGGGCGAGAGUCAUCAGCAAAGGCCGAACUCGUCAAGGCUGCGACACAUUGGCAAUACCGACAGGCUAGUCCUGCCAGCUCCCUUCUAGAAGAGGCUGGUAUUGAACUCAUGAAGUCAUCCGAUGGCAAAGACCUGCUACUAGCUGGCAGUUCGUUUCAGAAGCUGAUCGACGAGCAGAAAGGUUCCGAGAUUGCCACGGCUGGCCUUGUUGCUGCAUUUGCCACUUCAGAACCUUCUCGUGUCGAGAAACACCUUCAGAACCUCCCUCCUGUCGACUCUCUCAUCGAAGGUAUCGAUGUUGCAUCGCUCCUCGGCGCAGGUGUAGCCGUUUCAGCUAGCAAACCCGGGUCUUCAACCCUCAAGCGAGCAGCACCCUCAGGAAACGAAGGAAGGUCACAAAAGCGCCGCAGAAAGAUUCGCCUGCCCAAGAACUACGUCGAGGGCACCAAACCUGACCCUGAGCGCUGGCUGCCAUUACGCGACCGCAGCUCAUACCGUCCCAAGGGAAAGAAGGGAAAGAAGAAGGCCAUAGAUUCCACACAAGGCGGUAUGGUGAAGGAGGAGGAGACUCUGGAGCUUGUAGGUGGAGGAGGUGUCAAGGUAGAAAAGGCACCUCAAGCAUCCAAGAAGAAGAAGAAGGGCAAGAAAUAG